CGGGGCCGGGGCGGGGAGCCGAGGCCGAGGGACGCUCCCCCGCCCCCGGAACGGAAUCCUCCCGGGAGCCGAGGAGGCUCGCGCGCGUGCAUCCCGCACCAUCCCCCGGCCCCGGGCCCUGGCCGGCGUCAGACCGAGCUGCCGCCGCCACCACCGCAGCAGCAGCAGUCGGGGAGCCAGGCCCAGCCAGGGCCGCGGGAGGCGGGGGCGCCCGGGCCCUGGAUGUCCCGCAGCGCGGCGGCCAGCGGCGGACCCCGGAGGCCUGAGCGGCACCUGCCCCCAGCCCCCUGUGGGGCCCCGGGGCCCCCAGAAACCUGCAGGACGGAGCCAGACGGGGCGGGCACCAUGAACAAGUUACGGCAGAGCCUGCGGCGGAGGAAGCCAGCCUACGUGCCCGAGGCGUCGCGCCCACACCAGUGGCAGUCAGACGAGGACGCGGUGCGGAAGGGCACGUGCAGCUUCCCGGUCAGGUACCUGGGUCACGUGGAGGUAGAGGAGUCCCGGGGAAUGCACGUGUGUGAAGAUGCGGUGAAGAAGCUGAAGGCGAUGGGCCGAAAGUCCGUGAAGUCUGUCCUGUGGGUGUCAGCCGAUGGACUCCGAGUGGUGGACGACAAAACCAAGGAUCUUCUGGUCGACCAGACCAUCGAAAAGGUCUCCUUUUGUGCUCCUGACCGCAACCUGGAUAAGGCUUUCUCCUAUAUCUGCCGUGACGGGACUACCCGCCGCUGGAUCUGCCACUGUUUUCUGGCACUGAAGGACUCCGGCGAGAGGCUGAGCCACGCUGUGGGCUGUGCUUUUGCCGCCUGCCUGGAGCGAAAACAGCGACGGGAGAAGGAAUGUGGGGUCACGGCCGCCUUCGAUGCCAGUCGCACCAGCUUCGCCCGCGAGGGCUCCUUCCGCCUGUCUGGGGGUGGGCGGCCUGUUGAGCGAGAGGCCCCGGACAAGAAGAAAGCAGAGGCAGCAGCUGCCCCCACUGUGGCUCCUGGCCCUGCCCAGCCUGGGCACGUGUCCCCAACACCAGCCACCACAUCCCCUGGUGAGAAGGGUGAGGCAGGCACCCCUGUGGCUGCAGGCACCACUGCGGCCGCCAUCCCCCGGCGCCAUGCACCCCUGGAGCAGCUGGUUCGCCAGGGCUCCUUCCGUGGGUUCCCAGCACUCAGCCAGAAGAACUCACCUUUCAAACGGCAGCUGAGCCUACGGCUGAAUGAGCUGCCAUCCACGCUGCAGCGCCGCACUGACUUCCAGGUGAAGGGCACAGUGCCUGAGGUGGAGCCUCCCGGUGCCGGCGACAGUGACAGCAUCAACGCUCUGUGCACACAGAUCAGUUCAUCUUUUGCCAGUGCUGGAGCGCCAGCACCAGGGCCACCACCUGCCACAACAGGGACUUCUGCCUGGGGUGAGCCCUCCGUGCCCCCUGCAGCUGCCUUCCAGCCUGGGCACAAGCGGACACCUUCAGAGGCUGAGCGAUGGUUGGAGGAGGUGUCGCAGGUGGCCAAGGCCCAGCAGCAGCAGCAACAGCAGCAACAGCAGCAGCAGCAGCAGCAGCAGCAGCAGCAGCAGCAGCAGCAAGCAGCCUCAGUGGCCCCAGUGCCCACCAUGCCUCCUGCCCUGCAGCCUUUCCCCGCCCCCGUGGGGCCUUUUGACGCUGCACCUGCCCAAGUGGCCGUGUUCCUGCCACCCCCACACAUGCAGCCCCCUUUUGUGCCCGCCUACCCGGGCUUGGGCUACCCACCGAUGCCCCGGGUGCCCGUGGUGGGCAUCACACCCUCACAGAUGGUGGCCAACGCCUUCUGCUCAGCCGCCCAGCUCCAGCCUCAGCCUGCCACCCUGCUUGGGAAAGCUGGGGCCUUACCGCCCCCUGCCAUACCCAGUGCCCCUGGGAGCCAGGCCCGCCCUCGCCCCAAUGGGGCCCCCUGGCCCCCUGAGCCAGCGCCUGCCCCAGCUCCAGAGUUGGACCCCUUUGAGGCCCAGUGGGCGGCAUUAGAAGGCAAACCCACUGUAGAGAAACCCUCCAACCCCUUUUCUGGCGACCUGCAAAAGACAUUCGAGAUUGAACUGUAGCCCGAGCCGCCCCACCCACUCCAUCAUCUCCAGGUGCCCCACGCCUGGGGGUGGAGGCACAACCUCUCCCCUAACCCUGCUCCCUGGGGCUGUGCCCCUCAACACCCUCUCAACACCCCCCUCCCUCAACCACCCCGACAACCACUACAGAACCAACAUUGUGACGCCCAGGUUGCAACAGGAUGGAAUUCAGGGACGGACCCAGCCUGGCUAAGGGAACCAUUUCACUGCCAGACUUAGGCUGGCAAUGCCCCCUUCCCCAACCCCAGACACAGGGGUUGGCCACAAUCCCACUGAAUGCCCUUGGUUCACACUCCAUUUCCCAGUUUCUGUUGACCCCCACCUUCCAGUGUUGGACAGGAUGGAGGGGGGACACUUGCUUAGGGGCUCUCCUGGGCCCCACACCAGUGCCCACCCCAAAUCUGGUCAUCUCCUCCCCCCAUGCACAGCACAAGCUAAGGGCUGCCCUCUGCCCACACGCUGCGUUCACUGCCAAUGCUGUACUCACCCCCAUCACCCUCCAACUUUGGGGCCCAUGUCUUCCUUGGGCCAAGGUCUCAUGGGGGCUAGGGCCAAGUUGGGGGCCCAGGAGGCGGGGAGGGGGGAGGAGGAGAAGAUGCGCAGUUACCUCAUGUCGGUGCCCGCUGGGGAGGGGUCCGGGAAGAAGGGGAAGGGGUGCCUGGCGGGUACUUUUCUAUCUUUUAUUUCCAGAUUUUUUUUGUAUCUAAACUUGAAGAUUUGUAUUAUACAAGGACAGCCAAUAAAGGAAGAAUAUAA